AUGGAGAUUCCUUUGGCUGCCACUUUUUUAGGUAUAUUUGGAUGGAAUAUCUAUUAACUUGUGAAAAAGUACAAUGCCAAAAGAAGAUAAAGCUGUUUAGUAAAAUUAAUAGAGGAUCAAUCUAAUUCUCUAAUAAUGACUUUAUAUCCCUAUAAGAAAAGGAAAUUAAACGAACCUUAAGAGAUAGUUAAAGAGAGUCCUCAAAAAGUUGAGAUUAAAGAAGAUAAGGAAUAGAAUGAACCUAAUCAAUAAGAGAGAAUUCAGACUGUUUUAGAAUAAGUGGAGUAUUAAAGAUUUCAAGAACAGGAUUAUGUAGAUAAUGCCUAGACCUUUGAUUCAAUAGUUUCUACUAAAAAUAAAGAUGAUAUACAGAAAAACAAAUAAAAUCAGGAUUUUUCAUUCACAAGCCAAAAUCAAAAUUAAACUCUUGAUGAUUAGAAUUAUAAUAUUCAUGAUGUCAAUAAUCCUCUUAGCGAAUUAAUUAAUUCUAAUUUGGUGGACAAAGAAAUCACUAAUUUUACUUUUACAAAUGCUAAGGAUUAAUGUGAAUAAAGAGAAGAUGAUCUAAACUAUAAUAACACUAAUGAAAAAUUUGAAUUAAAUCCUAAUGAUGAUGAAAUUAUCAGUGCUCAUCAAAAUUACGAAUUUAAUUCAAUAGAUAAGAAUUGUGAAUAAUCAAUUCUAUUAUAGGGAAAUAAUACAAUAGGUUAAUUUUAACAUAAAUUUCAGAAUUAUGAUGCAUAUUCAAAUUGUUAUAAUCAAAAUCAAGAAGAAGCAGUAUUACCUUUCUUUCCUUCAAAUAAUUAAGCAAUCACUUCUUAAUAACCCUCUCAUUUCGUUUAAAAUUCAUAUUAAUCUAAAUAUGAUGUUCCAAGUUUAUAGAUUGAUGUUCUUAAUUAAUCAUAGUAAUAAUAAUAGUAUUAAAAUAAAUUUAAUUGUUAACACUUUGCCAAUUGUUUUGUAUCCAAUUCCCAACCUAUUUAUUCGUUCAAUCAUAUUUAACAAUCCAGCCAAAUACAUAACCCUUUGCAUUAAGGAACUCAAAAUAAUUAAUUGAAUAUAGGUUAAAUGCAUAAUUAAAAUUCAUUAUAUGCAUAACCUAGUUUUGGUGAAUAAAAAUAAGAUACUAGAAAUUAAAAUGUAACAUUUUAGAAUAUCCAACCUAAAGAAACUACUGAAACAGCAGGGUUUGAAUUUAGCUUUAAAAAGAAAUAAACUAAAUUUGAUUAGAUUAGGUUGGAAUAGAAUGAAAGCUAAAAGUCCUCUUUCAUAUAAAAUCCAGAAUAAAGAUCAAUUAAAGGAUAAUCAAUGUUCAGUACUAGUUCGAGUGCUAAUUAAUCUAAUUUACAGAAGGAUCUAAAAGUAAAUCACAUAAAUGACUUUUCAUUUUAUUUACAACUAUUGGGAGGAGGAGGAGGAUUCAAUAGUAAAGUGACCGUUCCAUCAGGAAAUUUGUUAUCCUUAUUGCUGAAUAAUUGA